UUCUAGCGGUAGCGGCGCUUUUGUACUGCUCCCGCUGGGGAAGAAAGUUAAUGCAACUGCAAAGACUAUCGGGAGUCGAAGUGGUAAUUCGGACAGACACGUAUAAGAGUGGAGGAGACCAAAAUGGUUCAGAUAAUCGUUUCAAGCGUACAGGGGAGUGGGCCUGAGGAGUGGCUGCUUGUGGAGCUGCAGGGGGAGAUGAUGUCCAGGGAGAACACUGGACUCGCUGGGAGUCUGAUGGGAGACCUGCAUUACACCAAGGAGGGCGUUCCCGUGCUCAUCGUGGGGCACCACAUCCUGUACGGGAAGCAGGUGAAGCUGGAGAAGCCCUUCGCCGUCCUGCAGAAGCACUCGGGCCUCCCGCGGGGGGACCAGGUCCCCAUGGAGACGGGCGGGGAGGAGCCCACCUCGUACUCCGUCUCCGCCCUCAUUAAGAAAAAGCUCAUCUUCAAGACCCGCCCGAAACCCAUCAUCACCAACGUGCCCAAGAAAGUGUGACCCCGCCCCCACCCCAUCUGCCCCGCCCCCGCCCCUGCAUGACUGACAGGAUCACAGGAGAGGCCUGCCUUUGCCUGAGUGCUGGUCUCAGCUCUCCUUCUUCUGUGUUGACUUUGUCCUUUAAAUAUUUACUGGGUUGUUUGAUACCGUGGGGGCUCGGAACAGGUGUCGGGGUUCAUCUGUUCCGAGAUGUUAAGCGUCAUGAUUGUUUGCUGUUGAGAGCGCACCCCUAAAGCUCAAAAGAAAUUUGUCAGCUAUGUCUGAAUGGAAAAGUUGUGAAUACUUUCUGAAUUCACGUGUACUGUAUAUAAUAAAUUAAGCUAAGUGAUUAUCA